AUGGUUAUAUCCAAGAAAACAAUUGUUUUAUCAUUGGCUCUUGUAGCCAUUGUAUGUAUCGUCAUGACCACAACUGAAGCCACACACCCAGGGAGUGCAGCUAUAGACAACGAUCACAAGAGUUGUGCCUCGGGAACUUGCAAGUCAGGAAGUGAUGAUGAACCAUUUAAUCCGGGUUGUGAACCUGGUAGUGGUAGAAGAUGUCGUGCGGGUUGA